CGGACCAGUUUGUGCACUUGAGCAAGAAGGCUAGACUCGCACGCGGCGGGUCUCGAGUCUUCUUCUUCUUCAUUUUGCAUCCUCACUCACCCACCACAGAGAGAGAAAGAGAGAGAGAGAGAGAGAGAGAGAGAGCGAGAGAGAAGAUUGCAAACAGAUAGAUAGAUUCAUUCAUAGAUCGGACAAUCCAAUUUCAGUUCCGAUAUAUGAAGAAACCUCACAUGGCCAAACUCAAUUAAGCCCCAAAAAAAGUUCAUUUCUAUUUACGAAAAUGGCCUUCUCCACUCGUCGAGGAGGCUGGGCUAGCUCUCUCCUUCCCACAUCCUCCUCUUCCUCAUCCCCCUCCUCAACUUCCAAAUCCAAGCUCACCAGGAAAUCUCGCAGACGAUUUGCACUCCGAGACUUCAUCUUGGCCAACUUCUUCACCAUUGGUUUACUGAUCUCGUUCUUCUUCUUCUUCAUCGUCGUACUCCGUUACGGCGUACCCAGUCCCAUUAGCUCCCGAUUGAAACCCAAGAAUCCGACCCGUAUUUACAAACCCCCGAGAAAAUCUUCUCAUCGGAAAUCCGUUAAAGUGGUUGAUAAUCUAAACGGUUCCGCUAUCGGAGCCACCGUGGAUAUUACGACCAAGGACUUGUAUGACAGGAUUCAGUUUCUGGAUGAGGAUGGUGGGCCUUGGAAGCAAGGUUGGAGGGUGACGUAUAAAGGGAACGAGUGGGAUUCGGAGAAAUUGAAGAUAUUCGUGGUGCCCCAUUCGCAUAACGAUCCGGGUUGGAAGCUUACGGUUGAGGAGUACUAUGAUAGACAGUCUAGGCAUAUACUCGAUACCAUUGUUGAAACACUAUCCAAGGAUUCUCGGCGCAAGUUUAUAUGGGAAGAGAUGUCUUAUUUGGAGAGAUGGUGGAGGGAUGCCACAGAUGAGAAACGAGAAUCAUUCAUUAACAUAGUGAACAAUGGUCAGCUUGAAAUUGUUGGUGGUGGCUGGGUAAUGAACGAUGAGGCUAAUUCACAUUAUUAUGCCAUUAUCGAGCAGAUGACAGAGGGGAACACUUGGUUAAAUGACACCAUUGGGGUUAUUCCUAAAAAUUCUUGGGCAAUAGAUCCAUUUGGUUAUUCACCUACCAUGGCAUAUCUUCUCCGUCGAAUGGGUUUUGAAAAUAUGCUUAUCCAGAGGACGCACUAUGAGCUGAAGAAGGAACUUUCUCUGCAUAAGAAUUUGGAAUAUGUAUGGCGUCAGAGCUGGGAUGUGGAGGAAACUACUGAUAUCUUUGUUCACAUGAUGCCGUUCUAUUCAUAUGAUAUUCCCCAUACUUGUGGGCCGGAGCCUGCUAUUUGUUGUCAGUUUGAUUUUGCUAGAAUGCAUGGUUUUGUUUAUGAACUCUGCCCUUGGGGACAACAUCCAGUAGAGACCACCCAGGAAAAUGUAAAGGAGAGGGCACUAAAAUUACUAGAUCAAUAUAAAAAGAAAUCUACCCUAUACAGGACAAACACACUUCUUAUUCCUCUUGGAGAUGAUUUCCGCUACGUCAGCGUUGAUGAAGCCGAAGCUCAGUUUAAGAAUUACCAAAUGUUAUUUGAUUAUAUCAACUCCAAUCCCUCUUUAAAUGCAGAAGCAAAAUUUGGUACUUUGGAAGACUACUUUCGAACUCUUCGUGAGGAGUCUGAGAGAGUAAAUUAUUCACAACCUGGUGAGGUUGGCUCUGGUCAGAUUGGAGGUUUUCCUUCUCUAUCUGGCGACUUCUUUACUUAUGCUGAUAGGCAACAGGACUACUGGAGUGGCUAUUAUGUCUCAAGACCUUUCUUCAAAGCUGUCGAUAGGGUUCUGGAGCAAACACUCCGUGCCGCAGACAUGAUGAUAGCUUUAUUGCUUGGGUACUGUCAAAGAUCACAGUGUGAGAAGUUGCCAAUUGGGUUCUCUUACAAGUUGACUGCUGCAAGAAGGAACUUGGCUCUCUUUCAGCAUCAUGAUGGUGUAACUGGUACUGCAAAAGAUCAUGUGGUCCUGGACUAUGGUACUCGGAUGCAUACUUCUUUGCAAGACUUGCAGUUUUUCAUGGCUAAAGCUAUUGAAGUACUGCUGGGGAUACGCCAUGAGAAAUCUGAUUCAAAUCCUUCUCAGUAUGAGGCAGAACAGGUGAGAUCUAAGUAUGAUGCUCAGCCUAUUCAUAAGGCAAUCAAUGCUCGUGAAGGAACCCAACAAUCAGUGGUUUUUUUUAACCCUCUGGAACAAACAAGAGAAGAGGUUGUGAUGGUUAUUGUAAACAGGCCUGAUAUUUCUGUUUUGGACUCAAACUGGACAUGUGUUCAGAGCCAAAUUUCUCCUGAAUUUCAGCAUGAUAAAAGUAAGAUCUUUACUGGCAGAUCUCGUGUCUACUGGAAAGCUUCUGUUCCUGCAAUGGGGUUGCAAACAUAUUACAUUGUCAAUGGUUUUUCUGGAUGUGAAAAAGCCAAACCAGCCGUUGUAAAAUUCUUCUCGGCGUCUGGUUCAUUAGCUUGUCCCCCUCCUUAUGCCUGCUCAAAAGUAGAAAACAACGUGAUUGAGAUCCAGAACCGGCAUCAAACACUCACCUUUGAUGUUAGGCAUGGUUUGUUGCAGAAAGUAACAUAUGAAAAUGGCUCUUCAUAUGUUGUGGGUGAAGAAAUAGCUAUGUACUCUAGUUGGGGAAGUGGAGCAUACUUAUUCAAGCCAACUGGUGAUGCCCAGCCUAUCAUCGAAGCAGGUGAGCAGAUGGUGAUAUCCAAGGGCCCUCUGAUGCAGGAGGUAUACUCUUAUCCACAUACAGCAUGGGAGAAUAGCCCCAUUUCUUAUAGCACCCGUGUUUAUAAUGGAGAAAAUACUAUACAGGAGUUUCUCAUAGAGAAGGAAUAUCACGUGGAGCUUCUUGGUCAUGAGUUCAAUGAUAGGGAGUUGAUAGUUAGAUACAAGACUGAUAUUGAUAACAAAAGAAUAUUUUAUUCUGAUUUAAAUGGCUUUCAGAUGAGCCGGAGAGAAACCUAUGGCAAAAUCCCCUUGCAGGGAAAUUACUACCCUAUGCCCUCUCUUGCAUUCAUGCAAGGAUCCAAUGGCCAGCGGUUUUCUGUCCAUACCCGGCAGUCACUGGGUGCGGCUACCCUUGAAGAUGGAUGGCUAGAGAUUAUGCUUGACCGCCGCUUGUUAAGAGAUGAUGGACGAGGUCUUGGGCAAGGAGUGAUGGAUAACCGUGAAAUGAAUGUGAUCUUCCACAUUGUCUUGGAGUCCAACAUCUCCACCACUUCAAACCCAGUUUCUAACCCUUUGCCCUUAAACCCCUCCCUUCUUUCUCAUCAGGUUGGUGCUCACUUGAACUAUCCCUUACAUGCAUUUAUUGCCAAGAAGUCUCAGGAAUUAUCUGUGCAGCCGCCACCCCCAAAGUCUUUCUCCCCUUUAGCUGCUUCCUUACCAUGUGACUUGCAUAUUGUGAGUUUUAAGGUUCCCCGGCCAAUUAAAUAUUCUCAGCAACCACAUGAAGAUUCUAGGUUUGUUCUAAUCUUACAGAGGCGAAACUGGGAUUCUUCGUACUGUCAGAAGGGCAGAUCACAAUGCACUAGCGUUGCCAAUGAACAUGUGAAUUUGUUUAACAUCUUCAAAGGGCUUGCAGUGUUGAAAGCCAGACCCACUUCUUUAAAUCUCUUGCAUGAAGAUGUAGAGAUGCUUGGGUAUGAUGAGCAUUCUGGAGAUGUUGCACAAGAGGGACAAGUCCUUAUCUCUCCCAUGGAAAUACAGGCAUACAAGCUGGAAUUACGACCACAUCAGUAAAUUUGAUUUUCAUAACCACGGUUUCACUGAUCCUCAUUUGGCUGGGCUUGUUGCAAAGAAGUGUCAUUUCUCACUGCCCACCAUUAAAUAUGAUCAAAGUGGAAUUACUUAGGAACUGCUGUCUCUAUGCAUCUGAUGAAGUUAAUGCUGGAAAUGAAGAUUUUAUAGGUGAGAUUUUUCUUAGCGAAAUCAUCCGAGGAGGGUUGGUUUUUGCCGAGGAAGUCGAUUGAAAGACAUGGGCACGGGAAUUUUUUGGUGUACAAUUCCUGUUGACCAUUAUGUUAGAGAAAAAUUAACCUCUUGACAUAGUUGUAUGUGUUGGGGGAACUGGCAUCAGACUUUGAUUCCCCAAAAUAUACCAAAAAAGAAAAAAAGAAAAAAGAAAAAAUAGCUUUGAGUUAUGUACACUUUUGCUUUAGAAUAUAAUGGUUCGCUUGCAUGGAUAGAAAUUAAACGUUAAUUUGUACUGCUAUGUUUUCGGUCGUUGUGCUAUUUAUAGGUUUUCGCAAAGUGUCGCUUUUAAUUUUUUUUUUUUUUCCCACAGUAGUUUAAUGGAUUAACAGCUUAGAUAUUUCUCUUA